AUGCCGGCGGAAACGUCCAAGUCGCAUUUCCGCAAGAUUCAGAGCUUCAAGACUGACUAUGCUCCUUGCACAAUCACCCAGUAUGUCUCUGAGCGCAGCGGCAUGCAGGUGGUCGUCGCAGACCGCAAGGGACCCAAGAUCAACGGCUACUUCACCCUAGCCACCGAGAUCUUUGAUGACUCGGGAGCUCCCCACACGCUUGAGCAUCUCAUCUUUAUGGGAUCCAAAAACUACCAGUACAAGGGUCUCCUCGACAAGCUUUCUUCUCGAGCCUACUCUAGCACCAAUGCCUGGACGGCUACUGAUCACACAGCUUACACCCUUGAGACCGCUGGUUGGGAUGGUUUUGCCCAGAUCCUUCCUGUGUAUCUUGAACAUGUCAUUUUGCCUACCAUCACGGAUGAGGGCAUCGUGACCGAGGUGUGGCACAUUGACGGAGAAGGCAAUGAUGCUGGUGUCGUCUACUCUGAGAUGCAAGCUGUGCAGUUCCGAAGCUCUGAGAUUAUGGAUCUCAAGGCUCGUCGUCUCCUCUACCCAGAGAACGUUGGCUUCCGCUACGAGACUGGUGGUAUGACAGACGCUCUUCGUGUUCUCACCCCUGAGCGUAUUCGACAGUUCCAUCGGGACAUGUAUCAGCCUCGCAACUUGUGCUUGGUCAUUGUUGGAGAGGUGGACCAAGACAACAUGCUCCAGAUUCUUGACGAGUUUGAGGAGUCUAUCAAGGAUGAUAUUCCUUCUCUCGACACCCCAUUCAAGCGGCCUUGGAUCGACUCUGCUCAGCCUCCCAAGAUUAACGAGUCACAAAUUGUCACCGCUGAGUUUCCAGAGGAAGAUGAGAGCGUUGGUGAGAUUCUGGUCGGCUUCUUUGGCCCUAAUUGCAUUGAUCUCAUCACAUCGUCUGCUCUCGAGGUCCUCCUCACCUACUUCUGUGGUUCUUCUGUUUCUAUCCUUGAAAACAUCCUUGUUGAGCGCGAGGAGCUUGCGAGUUCCGUCUCGUACUGGCUGGACCCGCGUCCUAACUCGGUCAUUUGGCUUCAACCCACCGGUGUUGCCACUGAGAAGCUCGAGUUUGUCGAGAAGCGACUGUUUGAGAUUCUCAAGGAGGUUGUCUCGAAGCCCCUUGACAUGGACUACAUGAGAGAGUGUAUCCGCCGCGAGAAGCGUCAAGUCAAGUAUCAUGCUGAGACAUCCGAGUCUUUCUACGCCACCAACAUCAUUACGGACUACCUCUUUGGCAAACGAGAUGGAUCUACGCUCAAGGACCUCCAGAACCUUAGCGAGUACGAUACUCUUGAGAAGUGGACGGAUCAGGAGUGGCGAGACUUCAUCAGCAAGUGGAUAGCUGAUGCCCCUCAUAUCUCUAUUUUGGGCAAGCCCUCUGCGGAGCUGGCUCUGAAGAUGAAGAAGGAUGAGGAAGAGAGGAUUGCAAAGCGCAAGGAGGAGCUGGGCACUGAAGGCCUGGCCAAGCUGGCCAAGCGUCUUGAGGAUGCUAAGAAGAAGAACGAUGAGCCUAUCCCUGCCGAGGUCAUUGACCGUUGGAGUGUCCCCGGUACUGAGUCUAUCCACUUCAUCGAGUCUGAUACUGCUCGUGCCGGACGUGCUCGGACCAUUGGACUGGGGUCAGGCUCUGCGCAGAAGCUCAUCGAUGGGACACCUCAGGGCAACCUCCCUCUCUUCAUCCAGUUCGAGGAUGUUCCUACCAACUUUGUUCACAUCACUGUCCACAUCGGUUCUUCUCAGAUUCCUAACGAGUUGAAGCCUCUGAUGCCCAUCUUCAGCGACACUCUCUUUAACACUCACAUCACGCGAGAUGGAAAGCGAGUCGACUAUGAACAAGUCGUCAUGGAGCUUGAGCGAGACACUAUCAGUUACUCUCUCAGCUCUGCACGCUAUCUCAGCGACCCUGAUGGUAUCAUGAUCCAGUUCCAGGUCGAGCCUGAGAAGUACGCUGCCGCCGCCGAGUGGAUCCGUACCAUGAUGUUCGACACCAUUUUCGACCCUCAACGUCUUAGCGCUGCCGUUACCAAGACUCUGGGCGAUGUUCCCGAGUCCAAGCGCGAUGGCAAGUCUAUGGCCAACGAAGUCAGCGCAUCCUUCCAUUCGGAGAAGACGACUUUGGCCGUGUCACAGCGCGUUCUUGUCCGAGCUGUGUACCUGAAGCGGCUUAAGAAGCUCCUCGAGAAGGAGCCUGAGAAGGUUGUUGGCUGGUUCAACACUGUCCGCGACUCCCUCUUCACAUUCAACAACCUCCGCUUCCUCGUCACAGCUAACCUGGCCACGCUUCCUAACCCUCUGUCUACUUGGGACACUCUCUCCAAAUCCUUGACAGCCACAGAGGAAAUGAUCCCCAUCCCCAAGCCCGUGAGCCUACGCAGCGCUGAAGGUCGCAACCCUGGAUCCGUGGGUGCCGUUAUCGUUCCCAUGGGCACUCUCGAAACCUCCUAUUCCGUCUCGACAGCCAAGGGAUUGGAGUCACUCACUGACCCCUGCCUCGCGGCUAUCAUGGUGGCCAUUGGCUACCUCGAGGCUCCUGAGGGACCCCUCUGGAACGCUGUCCGUGGUGCUGGCUACGCUUACGGCUCCUACUUCUCGCGGGAUGUCAACUCGGGUCUUAUUUCGUACUUUGUGUACCGCUCCCCUGACGCCUACAAGGCCAUUAGCGCCUCGCUCGAGGCCAUCCGCAAGAUUGCCGACGGCGAGGUCGAGAUUGACCACCACCUGCUCGAGGGUACUAUUAGCCAGAUCGUCGUUAUGUUCGCCGAUGAGCAGUCCACUAUGCCCAGCGCUGCCCAGCAGAACUUUGUCCAGGGUGUCGUGCGUGGCCUGCCCAAGGACUGGGAUAAGGAGGUGCUUCGCCGCGUGCGCGCAGUGACUGUUGACGAGAUCAAGGCUGCUAUGCGUGAGACCAUCUUGCCCUGCUUCGAGCCUGGCAAGAGCAACAUUGUCGUUACGGCUGCCAAGAUCAUGCAAGAGGGCAUGGAGACGGCCUUCAAGGGCAUGGGUUACAAGGUCCAGACCCAUGAACUCAGCUACUUCCACGACGACUACGGUCUGAAGCCCGAGGAUGGCGAGGAGGAAGAAUCGUCCGAGGAGGAGGAUGAGCUGGCUGGUUCGGAAGGAUCUUAUGACUCGUUCGAGUCGGACGAUGAAUAG